CUCUUUCUCAUCAAAGGUCUUUCCUUUUCCAGUUUUCUCCCGCGCCCAAGUUGGGGUUUGGAUUCAUUCAUCUUCUCCGUCGAAAGGAAACCAACCCAUACAUAUACCCUUCUAUCUUGUUGAUUCAUAAACUGAUAUCUUUUUGCAUCCGCCAUGCCUGUAAAUAUUCAAAAUCUGGAUUCCGGCUUUUGUGUUUGAUACAGAUAAGUUUUUUUUUUUUUUUUUUUUUUUGUAAUUGAAGGAUGUAAUUGAACAAUUGCAAAACUUUUCUCGAUCGAGACUCUUUAGGAUUUUGUUUGUUUGUUGUUGAUUACUUGAUUAUACAUAUACACAAGUUAUUUUGUUGUAUUUGUUGGCUGUGUACCAUAGUUGUUCAUUGUAUAUCUAUCGGAUGGGAGCAUUGGGUUCCUAUCUUGUACGUUUCAGCGGAUUUGGACAUUCUCAAUUUUCAUCAAAUUUCUAACCACAAAUAAGUGCGGGAAUCGAGCUUCUGAGUAUUUUAUUUUGCUCUGUAAAUUACUCGAACCGCCGUUCUAAUGUCCAUGGAACGUCUUAUCGGUGACAAGUUUAAGAUGGUGAGAAAGAUUGGGAGUGGCUCUUUUGGUGAGCUUUAUUUAGGUGUCAACAUACAAAAUGGAGAAGAAGUUGCCAUCAAGUUGGAACCAGUCAGGACCAGACAACCACAGCUUCACUAUGAAUCAAAAAUAUAUUCCCUUCUCCAAGGAGGAACUGGUAUUCCCAAUCUUAAAUGGUUUGGAGUUGACAAAGAUUACAAUGUCAUGGUCAUUGAUCUUCUUGGUCCGAGUUUGGAAGAUCUUUUCAACUACUGCAAUAGGAAACUCUCCCUAAAAACUGUGUUAAUGCUAGCAGAUCAACUGAUAAAUAGAGUUGAAUAUAUGCACAGUAGAGGAUUUCUACACCGUGAUAUAAAGCCAGACAACUUUUUAAUGGGCUUAGGUCGCAAAGCAAAUCAGGUUUAUGCCAUAGAUUUUGGCCUUGCUAAAAAGUAUAAGGAUCUCCAGACUCACAGGCAUAUACCGUACAGGGAAAACAAAAACUUGACUGGCACAGCUCGUUAUGCUAGUAUCAAUACGCACCUUGGAGUUGAACAAAGCAGAAGGGAUGAUUUGGAGGCUUUGGGCUAUGUACUUAUGUACUUCCUCAGAGGAAGCCUUCCAUGGCAGGGAUUAAAAGCCGGUAACAAAAAGCAGAAGUAUGACAAAAUCAGUGAAAAGAAAAUGUCAACUCCAGUAGAGGUGCUAUGCAAAUCAUACCCCUCUGAGUUUAUCUCGUAUUUCCACUACUGUCGAUCAUUACGAUUUGAAGACAGACCUGACUAUUCGUAUCUGAAGCGUCUUUUCCGAGACUUAUUUAUUCGUGAAGGUUAUCAAUUUGACUAUGUUUUUGAUUGGACAAUUUCGAGAUAUCCUCAGAUUGGCACCAGUUCUAGAGCUAGAAACUCAAGUGGGAAUGCAGGAAUAGGUGUGGGGCCAUCUGCAGGACCAGGAAGAAUAGCACCAGGAGGUCAAGAUUCACGGGAAAGGUUUUCUGGUGGUGUUGGAGAGUUCUCUAGGAGAAAUGUUUCUGGACCCACACGGCAUGGUGAGCACUCAAGACACAGAUCAGAUGUACCUUCAUCAAAAGAUGUGCAAGCUGCCGAUUCAGAGAAGUACCAAACAUCAAGAAACAGCUGCUCUUCAAAGAGAGGAGGUGCCAGUUCAAGCCGGAGACCAACUAGCUCUUCUGCCGAAGCAACUUAUGCCGGUGGCGGUGGGCCCAGCAGCAGAGUCGUGUCCAGCAUCGGCCGAUCAUCUUCUUCGCAGAGACUUAAACCGUCAUUGGCGUUCUCCCGCGACGGAGUCACAAGGGGAUCUCGCGGUGAUGCUGUGAGGAGCUUUGAGUUCCUAUCCAUAAGAAAGUGAGCUGUGCACGAAACUUUUUGUGUGUUUUCUUCUUCUUGAAAGAGUGUAUAGGACAGGUUCAGGUUUUAAUACUAAAAGAAUUUCACAGCCUAUUAGAACGUAUUUAUUCAAAUGUGUCUUCUGCAACAAUAACCCCUUGUCUGGCAUGCAUCAAAUUUAUCUCGUUUUGUUGCCAUUGUUAUCUCAAUUU